AUGCCUCGCAAGGCGAUUGACUCGCGGAUUCCCGCUCUUAUCCGAAAUGGUGUGCAGGAAAAGAAGCGCAGCUUCUUCGUGGUCGUUGGUGACCAUGCUAAGGACGUGAUUGUGCACCUUCAUUACAUUAUGUCCAGUGUGGACGUGAAGCAGAACAAGUCGGUGCUUUGGGCUUACAAGAAGGACCUCCUUGGAUUCACAAGUCACCGGAAGAAGCGCGAAAUGAAGAUCAAGAAGGAGGUCAAGCGCGGGAUUCGCGAACCCAACCAGGAAGACCCAUUCGAGCUUUUCAUUACUCUCAACCAGAUCCGCUAUGUCUACUACAAGGAAACCGAGAAGAUCUUGGGUAACACUUACGGCAUGUGUGUGCUGCAAGACUUCGAGGCCAUGACUCCCAACUUGCUUGCGCGAACCGUCGAGACCGUCGAGGGUGGAGGUUUGGUUAUUUUGUUGUUGAAGAGCAUGACCAGUUUGAAGCAGCUCUACACCAUGUCCAUGGAUAUUCACUCGCGAUACCGAACUGAGGCACACGAUGAUGUGGUCGCUCGUUUCAACGAGCGAUUCAUUCUGUCUCUGGGAAGCUGCGAUUCAUGCCUGGUAGUUGACGAUGAGUUGAACGUGCUGCCCAUCUCCGGCGGCAAGACCGUGAAGCCACUCCCUGCUCCCGAAACAACAGACGAGUCAUCCUCCGGUACAAAGAAGGAAUUGAAGGAAAUCAAGGAGAGUUUGGCGGACUCGAAGCCCGUAGGCCCUCUGCUCAGCCUGGCCCGCACCGUGGACCAAGCGAAGGCUCUUCUGACCUUUGUUGAUGCGAUCGCCGAGAAGACAUUGAAGAGCACCGUCACCCUGACCGCAGGUCGUGGACGAGGAAAGUCCGCCGCUCUCGGUGUUGCCAUUGCCGCGGCUAUCGCUCACGGGUACAGCAACAUUUUCAUCACAUCUCCCAGUCCAGAGAACUUGAAGACCCUCUUCGAAUUCAUUUUCAAGGGCUUCGAUGCACUUGGAUACCUCGAUCACGUUGAUUAUACUAUCCUUCAGUCGACUAACCCCGACUUCAACAAGGCUGUUGUGCGUGUCAACAUUCACCGCAACCACCGCCAAACCAUCCAAUACAUUCAGCCCCAGGAUGCACAGGUCUUGGGACAAGCAGAGCUCCUUGUCAUCGAUGAGGCUGCCGCUAUUCCUUUGCCGUUGGUUCGCAAGCUGAUGGGACCUUACCUGGUGUUCAUGUCCUCUACUAUCAAUGGCUACGAAGGCACGGGCCGGUCCCUGUCUCUGAAGCUGAUCCAACAGCUGCGGGAACAAUCCCGAACCGGACUCAAGACAGACGAUACCGACGUCGCCGAUCGCAGCACAGGAAAGUCGGCUAAGGGUACUGAUAAGAACCUUACCGGCCGCACCUUGAGGGAGAUCACUCUUGCAGAGCCCAUUCGAUAUGCACCGGGUGAUUCCGUUGAGAAGUGGCUGAACAAGGUCCUUUGCCUUGAUGCAACUCUCCCUAAAUCUCGCAUGAACACACAAGGAUGCCCUCACCCGUCGCAGUGCCAGCUGCUCCAGGUCAACCGUGAUACCCUGUUCUCCUUCCACCCUGUUUCCGAGAAGUUCUUGCAGCAGAUGAUGGCCCUCUACGUUGCCAGUCACUACAAGAACACACCCAACGAUCUCCAGCUUAUGACUCUAUGUUCUCGUCCCCCUAUUGAUGAGGAGGCCACCAAGUUGCCCGAGCCUCUUUGUGUUAUUCAGGUCGCCCUUGAAGGUCGCAUCAGUCGCCAGAGCGUGCUCAACAGUUUGAGCCGUGGUCAGCGCGCAGGCGGUGAUCUGAUUCCGUGGUUGGUCAGCCAGCAGUUCCAGGAUGAGAACUUCGCCAGUCUCUCGGGUGCUCGUGUCGUCCGUAUCGCAACUAACCCCGAGUAUGUGGGUAUGGGCUACGGCUCUCGGGCUAUGGAGCUUUUGGUCGAUUUCUUCGAGGGCAAGUUCACCAACUUGGAGGAGGGUAACAUUGCUGCUGAGGAGGAAAUGGUCCGUGUUACCGACGAAGAGCUCGCUAGCUCUAGCCUCCUGGAUGACAACGUUCACGUCCGAGAUAUUCGCUCCAUGCCUCCACUCUUCGGCAAGCUGAGCGAACGUCGCCCAGAUGUUCUCGACUACAUCGGUGUCAGCUACGGUCUCACCCCAUCUCUCCACAAGUUCUGGAAGCGCGGUUCCUUCGUUCCUGUUUAUCUGCGCCAGACUCCCAACGAACUCACUGGCGAGCACUCCUGCGUGAUGGUUCGCACUCUCUCCACCGGUGAGACUGACGAUGCCUGGCUGAGCGCCUACGCGCGAGACUUCCACAAGCGAUUCCUCGCCCUGCUGUCCUACCAAUUCGGCCAGUUCCCGUCCGUCCUCUCUCUGAGCAUCUGCGAGUCUGCCAACUCCGGUGCCAAGAAGGACCCGAAGUUCACACCCCGCGUGCUGAGCAAGCCCGACCUCGAUGCCGUCUUCUCGCCCUUCGAUCUCAAGCGUCUGGACAGCUACGCCAACAACCUUCUGGAUUACCACGUUAUUCUUGACCUGAUCCCUACCCUCUCUGACUACUACUUUUCCAACCGUCUCGAGGGCAAGGUCAGCCUUUCUGGUGUGCAGCAGUCCAUUCUCCUCGCCAUCGGCUUGCAGCACAAGAACCUCGAGGACCUUGAGAAGGAAUUGAACCUCCCCUCCUCCCAGCUUCUCGCUAUGUUCCUCAAGAUUGUCCGCAAGAUCUCCACUCACUUCCGUAAUCUGAUCGAGAACCACAUCGAGCAAUCUCUGCCCGCUCAGAAGAUCCGUCUCGAGACCUCUGAAGCCCACGAUGAUGAGCCCGAGGUCAAGCUUCAACCCCUGCCCAUCAGCCUCGAGGAUGAGCUCCGCGAGGGAGGCAAGAAGAUCGAAGAGGAGAUGCUCGCCAAGCAACGCGCUUUGGCUACCUCUAAGCCUGAGGGACUUGACGGCUCUAAGCCAUCCAAGCGCAAGAAGGUCGAGACCGCGCGUGAUAUCUACGACAAGGAAAUUGACUCUAAGAGGCAAAAGAUGAUCAAGAAGGGCACCGAGGGCCGCAAAAAGCGCUGA